UAGAAAUUUCAGAUAGGCUAGUAGUUUUGCUCUAUUCCCUAUAUGGGAACUGCAAAACAGAGUUGAGAACAAGGAGAUUCAGUUAGGGUUUAGCGAAUGGCUUCUACAUCAAAUCCAGACACCCAUGAAUCAUGCAGAAAAGCGUCUAUAAAGAUCCGGAUGAUGGGCGCCAGCGUUUCUUACUGGAACUCGAAAUUCAUUCAAUGCCUCGCUAGCCCAACUUAUAUUCACUGUAUCUAUCUAUUCCCUUCUGCUAUUUAAACAUGAUAAUUUCUGGGUAUUUCUCAAAAUGAUCGAUUAUUGUUAGUUUUAUGUUAUAAAUAUUGUUGGAUGGUUCAUUCUUCUUCAUUAUGUUUUAAGUGCGUGAAAUGCAAUGUGUUUCAAUAGGACACAAGUCAAAUUUGGGUGCAAAAGCUUCAAUUUUUCUAUCCAUUUUUUAUCUACUUUUUGUGCUUGACUUUGUAUUGAUUCUGAUGUUGAUUUGGCUCAGAAUAGAUAUUUUGAAGAUUAAGCUUUUAUUGGGUACUUGAAAUACCUUCAAUACUGGCAACGAGAUGAGUACAUUAAGUUUAUUAUGUAACUUUUUUGAUGCAGUUCAAUUCCAUGCUUAAUUUGGUUGAUGGUCCUUGUUCCUUUUUUGUUUGCUGUGGACUAUGGGUAUCAUUAAUUAACUGUGUUGGUCUUCCCGUUCUUUAUGUCAACGCAGGUAUCCACACUGCCUAUUCUUUCUCCAAAAUCAAACAUUUCGUAAUGCAAUGGUGCAUCCCGCCAACAAGGAAGUGGCACAUAGGCAGCAAUUUUACUUCUGGAAGAACUAUAGAAAUAACCGGUUGAAACAUAUUUUGCCUCGGCCGCUUCCUGAGCCUGCAACUGCACCAAGUUCUGCUCCACCUGCAUCACUACCAUCAAGUGUAGACCCACCAGCCGCUCCACCUCCUGCUCCUACACCUGUUACAGCUGCAGCUCUUUCCCAGAUGCAGUAUGCCAUCCCUCCUGGAUCUGGUCUUGCUAAAAACUGACCCAAGGAAUGCUUCUGUUGAUCGAAGAAAGAGAAACAGGAAAGACGGAUGAUUUUCUUUACUCAUAGCACAUACCUCCUAUCAAUUAAUUCAUGAAUUAAGGAUAUCUUGCAGGAAGAUGACUGGAGAAGUUCGCUGCUUUGAACCUAGGCGAUCUUUGUGGGCGAUUCCAGAACCUAAGAAUCCAACUGGUUCUGCUACUCAGGCUGAAAAGGAGGAGGUGGAUUCGCGAUCCAUAUAUGUCGGUAAUGUUGAUUAUGCUUGCUUGCCUGGGGAAGUGAAGCAGCACUUCCAAGCAUGUGGCACUGUUAACAGGGUAACUAUCCUGACUGACAAGCUUGGCCAGCCAAAAGGCUUUGCGUAUGUGGAGUUCUUUGAAAUAGAGGCUGUUCAAAAUGCACUUCUGUUAAACGAAUCAGAGCUUCACGGGCGGAAGUUGAAGGUGUCUGCCAAGCGGACAAAUGUUCCUGGUAUGAAGCAAUUUCGAGGCAGGCGAUUUAAUCCUUAUGCUGAAUUCCGCCCUCGUCGUGCGUUUGUGCCUGGUGCUCCAGCCAUUCCACCUUUUGGAAGGGUUCCAAGGUUCCGACGUUCCAUCCGCUACAGGCCAUACUAGUGGAUCUUAAGCUGGAUUGCAGCCUUCCCGAGAGAAGCAUGGGGCUCGCUUUGUGAAAGAGGCAUCUCCUUAUUUUUCUUUCUUUGGGAGGGCAAAGGAUGUUAUAAUUCAAAUAAGUCAUAAGCUGACAUAAAUUUCAACUCUGGAUGAUGUUUUAGGUGUGUGGGGAUUGAGAAGUUUUUUCUUAGCUAGCUUGCUCAGGUGCUUGCAUUUUGGGCAGCAAAAGGAAAUGACAAAUAAAAUAGACAUUUUGUUGGAGAUGGGUAUAUUCUCUUUGAAUUAUGGUUGUGGUUUGGUCACUCUUAA